AUGGAGAAGUAUGGUAAUGAAUACAUAACAUCAGAGAUUAUAUCAUGGCUUCCGGUGAAAUCUAUCGUGCGAUUCAAAUGUGUUUGUAAAGCUUGGAACACUUGGAUAGAACAUCCCAAUUUUUCCAAAUUGCAGCUAGCCCGUUCUCAAGGCCUUACCCGUCUUUUGUUUGAACUAUACCCAUGUAAAUCGUAUCGUUCAAAAAAGAAAAAGAAGCAAAGACGAUUAGAAAGAUAUUCUUUAGAAUUCACAAGACGUUUUUAUUUUGAAGAUAUGUUUAUAUGCUCAAAUCACUGCAAUGGCCUUGUCUGUCUGUAUAGCUCUAAAGACGGUCAAGUUUAUUUGUUCAAUGUGAGCACGAGGGAGUUUAAGGCUUUACCUGUGUCUGUGGAAGGGGUGAGGAAGAAUUCAAUGGAUCCUAGAUUGUAUUUGGGAUUUGAUAAGGGGAAACUGAUUGUGCGGUGCGGAAGGAGUGGUGAAAAUGUCAUAUGCAAUGACCCUAAAAAGGAUUUUACGGAAUUUGUGGAUUAUCAUUCCGAUGAUAUAUCAGAGAAAGUUGUGAUUCUUGAAACAGAAGAGAGGACGGACAGGCCGACGGAGACCCUGGACGCUGUUUUAGCAACAGCUAGCAUUAUUAAUGCCCCAACUUCUUUGCUGAACCCUGAGCUAUUCAGAAUAGUACAUGUCAGCAGUUUUGUCGACAACGUUAUCCCAUUAACAUCGUUAUUUUGA